AUGGUCAGUGCAGACUUACUGAAAAAGGUAGCAAUAUGUGGUGCUGCUUUAUCUUGUUUUGGAGCGGCAUUUUUCCAUCACAGAAUACAAGGUAGAUUCAAAAAUGAGAAAUUAAGUUUCUGUGCCUAGAUGAGGUCAAAGUUUGGUGUGAUUAAUCAUCCUUGUUGUAAAGGGUACCUGUCGUACCCUUUUAUUCCUAGUUAUCAAACGACAAAUUACUGCUUGAUCAAUGCAGUACUACAGAAAGAGUAUGAAGAAUGACAUGUGAGCAUAAUUUUUGGUAUGAUCAUUUUCUGAGUUCUCUCAACCUGACUAGUUGACCAAGCAUUCAUCUGGUCUAGGAAAAACUCUUUGAUGAUCACUAUCAGGUAAAGUGCCCCAAAAUAAGUUGAAGUAAUGUUAGGCUGAGAAAACAGCUGACAUUCGGCGACGCUACCACUGGCUUCUGCGCCAAAUGACGUCUGAGAAAAAAGCGCAGAAAUUCCAUACUGAUGACACGUCACUACCAAGAUCUGGGUAGUGCUUCUCAUUGGUCGUGCCGCGAGGUAAAUUUGAUUCAACCAAUCAGAAGCACUACCCAGAUCAGGGUAGUGAGCCAUCAUCAGUAUGGAAUUUCUGCACUCAUUCUCUCAGACAUCGUUUGGUGGGGAAACCAGUGGUAGCAUCGCCAAAUUUCGGCUGUUUUCUCAGGCUAAAGUAAUGUACAUUUUACUUUUUUAGCAAAGAUAGCUGCCCAAGAUUAUUACAAAAAAUCUGUUGAGGUGCUUAGGAAUCACCAGCUGGCAUCAGAUACUCUGGGGAAACCUGUCAGAAUUCCUUACGUAAAUCUAACAAGAAAGGACAUCAGGCUUGGACGUGACUUUGCUCAGGCAAGUGAAAUGUUCAGAGAUGUUAACCUCUGGCGAUCUAAAAUCUGGAGACUCUCCAUUUUGCACUGCAGCCCCCCUUUCCCUACCCCCGAAUAUUAACAGCCCCCCUCUCUCAACCCCGGCCACAAAUUUAUCCUGCCGCCAAGGACAUCAUAUGAACAGCAUACUGUCAAAAUUCAUUUUCAUCAUUGUAAUGACAAAAUAUACCUUGUCAGUGACUAAAUAUGUGCAAAAAUGUCCCAGAAACUGCGAAAUAAAAAAGUACAAAUUUUUAGGGAAAAAAUGGGCUAAAUUCAAACUGAAGCACAGAAAAGCUCAAAAGUCUAUUUGAUCCAGGAGAUCUGGUGACCUGUACGGGAGAGCGGGAAAUCAGUGCCAUAUACGGGAGACUCCCGGAUAAUCCGGGAGAGUUGGCAUAUAUGAAAUGUUCCUUUGAGGAGGGGGACUUUGGAUAAACCGUAAGAAAAACUGGCAAAUACCGAAAUACCAUGUUUAAAUUGAUGAAAUAUCAAUACCUCAUAUGAUCAGUCACACUAAAUUUAAUGCGAGUGCGCAUGAAAAUCACCCCAUGCCGCGUCUCGCCUUUCUUGCAUGGGGUGACUUUCACGCACUCGCGUUUCGCUUGCUCUACUAUCCCUGAGAGAAAAUAAGGGACUACUUGUAGUCUAAGGGGGAUGGCAACCUGGAAGAAUAGGGGAUGGGAGAGGUAUGAGAGGGAAGCGGAGUUGUAAAAGGGUAAGGACUGGCAGAAAUAGGAGAAAUCAUGCAACAGUGCUCAACUGUUUAGCAGUUGAAAAAGGGUUUGAUGAGGAAGCCUUCCAUGUUUUGGUCACUAAAAGUAAACAGACACUUCUAAAAUUUGGGGAUUACUUAAUAGCAUCAUCAUUUAUUGCGGUCAGUGUGACAAUUUUUUCUCUUCUUAACAGAUAGUUAUUCCAGUUAGAGGAAGCAAAAACUCAGGGAAUUUAUAUUCAUUUGCUACAAGGAGGGGAGAGGAAGGGUAUGUAUUCGAUGUUGGUUAUUGUUUAAGUAAAAUGAGUUGAAUGAUAUAAUUUCUAGCAAUCAUAAGCAGCCCCUGGGAUUCGAUCAAGAGAAAACAGGGAGAUUCAGCAACAACGACAAUGAUGGUGAUGAAAACAUCCCUUACAAAGUGAAUUCAUGCUUUCCCAAGUUGCUCAAUUCAUCAAAUGUUGGUGAAUUUUUCUGGGGUUGCAUUCUAAAGACCUGUAUCUAAGUUUCAAACUAAAAUUAGAACAUUUCUGUAUCAUGUUCACAUCCUCUUCAACACGUAAAAUAGGGCAGUUUUAAUUUCAUGUGAUGGUUGUGGAAUGACAACAAAGAAAUUUACGAAGUUAUUGUUUUGCCAAUCUAAACCUACUGCUUUUUUGUCAUUCUCAUCAUUGUUGCUCAUAAGCUCCCUAAGGGUUGAUUUCCAGUGUCGCAUGAUUUUUGUGCGUAUGUGCAUAAAAUUUACGUUCGCAAAUAAAAUAGAGGCAAUGCAUGAAAGAUUGCUCAUAAGCGUAAAAGUUGAACCCUGCUUAACUUCUCAUUUAAGUUCAGCACUUUUUAUCUUGCCUCUAUUUUAUUUACGUGGUGAAAAUUUACAUGCGUUAAUGUGCGUAGCCAAAAAAGCAUCAAUGGAAAUCAACCUUUAUAUUAUUUUUUGCUUUUACUGUUUGACAGAGAUCAUUUCAUAUACACACCAUUUUAAUCAUGGCCUACAUUGAUACAACAACUUUUUUGUAAACAUUCCAUGCAUAUUAUUUUCUAUUUUUUUUUUCUUUCUAGAUGGGUACUAGAGAGAGUAGAGCUUGAAGCAGGGCCAGAACAUCCCAGAAUAAAAAUUGUACCAGAGGACUGA